AUAGACCUUUUGCAUUUUUUACCCACUUUUUUUUAAUUCCCAAGGCUCGAUGCAAAUUGCCUUCGACAUCAUUUCAUACUCACAGCUUUUCAAAUGCGCCGGGCAGUUGGAAUAGGCGGGCUCCGUAGAAAGGAGGCAGAGCGACUCGCAAUGUCAAAAAAGGGCACAGAGUUGUCGCAGCGCGAAAUAGAAAAGCUACGAGAGCAAAUCGCAAUGAUGAAGGAUAAUCUUGAGGACUUUGUGCGCGAGCAUCAGCGCGAUAUCCGCAACAACCCAGCAUUUAGAGUACAAGUACAGCGCAUGUGCCAGCUAAUAGGCGUCGAUCCACUAUCAUCGCGCAAAAGCUACAUGUCUGAGUUGCUCGGUGUCGGUGACUUUUACUGCGAGCUAGGUAUUCAAAUCAUAGACAUCUGCGUAGCCACGCGUUCCAUAAACGGCGGCCUAAUGGACCUGGACGAGCUCCUGCGGCGGUUAAUUCGCCGGCGACUUAAGGGCAGCGAACCUGUUGUUGAGGACGAUAUUAGACGCGCAAUUAGCCAGUUGAAACCGCUGAAGGGCGGGUAUAAGAUUGUUUGCUUUGGGAAACGCAAAAUGGUACAGAGCGUGGCGAGGGAGAUGAACUCGGACCAAGCAAAGGUUAUGACUUUAGCACAGUAUACGUGCAAGUUUACGAUGGAGGAUGUGAGGGUUGCUUUUGGAUGGGAUGAGGACCGCAUUCAUUCGUGUAUUGACGAUAUGCUGAGAUCGGGGAUUAUUUGGAUGGACGAGUACAAUGAGGCAUAUCCUGAAUACUGGGUCAUGGCUUUUUUUUCGCAGCUUAACAGCGCUUUGAUAAUGGCCAAUGCAGAGUAGACCUUGUAAGCUAAAAGGCCAGUGUUGUAAGGUUAAUGAAUAGUUGAAAUAUAAGACGCUCAUUGUCGCUUAAUGUAUUCAGAUUUUUGCCUAUCUUGCAGUCUAGUAAAUAGUUUUUACAUGACAUUUAUUUUAAAAGAUAAUUAGUUGAAUGCAAUGUAUAAUUUGCCUGUACAUGUGCUUUAUCCAUAUUUUUUUUGAUUCAUUUGCUCAUUUUCUAUAUCUUUUUACUUUUGUAACC